GCCGACUGCGGCAAGGACUUCCCCACCUCCAACGCCCUCCUGCUCCACCAGCGCCAGCACUGCGACGACAAGCCCCACGUCUGCGGCGUCUGCGGCAAGAAGUUCACCUACGGGCACAGCCUCAAGGUGCACGAGCGGGUGCACACGGGCGACCGCCCCUUCGUCUGCCCGCUCUGCGGCAAGGGCUUCAAGCAGUCCAACGCCCUCUCCUCCCACCAGCGCGUGCACACCGGCGAGCGCCCCUUCUCCUGCCAGACCUGCGGCAAAGCCUUCAAGCAGUCGUCCUACCUGGUGAUCCACCAGCGGGCACACACGGGCGAGCGACCGUACAAGUGCGAGGCGUGUGGCAAAGCCUUCGCCCGGCCCUCGCUGCUGCUCCAGCACCACCGCGUGCACAGCCAGGAGCGGCCCUACAAGUGCAGCUUCUGCCACAAGUUCUUCAAGGACCUGGCCUACCUGGCCGUGCACGAGAAGGUGCACACGGGCGAGACCCCCUACAAGUGCAGCGUCUGCGACAAGGGCUUCGCCCACCCCUCCAACCUGCUGCAGCACCAGCGCGUCCACCGCGACGGAUGA